AUGACAUGUGGGCUGAAUAUAGGAGAAUUUAAUGUCAAACUCUGCAAAAAACACCCUUCUACAACUAUAACCCCUAUAUCUCUACAGCCUCACUUAACAUGCGCAUCACAAUUUACCACUGAUGAAGUGAGGAAAGCUAUCCUUUCCUUUCAUCGAGAUUCAGCACAUGGCCUUGGUGGAAUCCGUCCUAUAUUUCUCCAGGACAUUACUUCCCCCUUAAUAUGUUCUCAAACUUCCAUUUUUUCCAAAAUUACAAACUUUUGCAACAAAAUCUUAAAAGGUGAUGUGCCAACCUUUGUUUCCCCUAUUCUUUUCGGUGCCAGGCUAAUAGCCCUUCAAAAACCCAAUAAUGAUUUAAGACCGAUUGCAAUUGGCUCGACCUUUCGUCGGUUAGUAGCUAAAACGAUUUCCUCUCGAAUAAAGCAUGAAGCUUCAAAUAUACUAAGUCCUUUCCAACUUGGAGUUGGUAUACCUGGCGGCUGUGAAGCUGUUGUUCAUCUAACGAGAAUACACUUAGAAACCCAGCCAACCAACGAAUCUUUAGUCAAAAUCGACUUCAACAAUGCUUAUAACACUCUUUCUCGGAAUUCCUUUCUGAGCUCAUCGAGUAUUCUCUUUCCUGGUUACACUAAAUUCUUUUAUUCAUGCUAUCAACAGCCUUCCACUCUCCAAUUUGAUACCUAUAAAAUUCCUUCGAUUGAGGGCAUACAACAGGGAGAUCCUCAGGCAUGUUCAUUAUCAUUGCAUGCAUGGUACAUCGAUGAUGGAAUCCUUUGUGGUCCAAACGACGAAAUCAAUAAAGCUGUAAUGAUAAUCAAGGAUGCAGGGCUAUCCAUUGGUCUAUCAAUCAACCAUGAAAAAUCAGAAUUUAUAUUAAUUAAUUCAUCUGAAAACAAUUUUCAUAAUUUUAAACAGAUUACUCUGGAGGAAUUAUUUCACUUAGGUGCUCCCGUUGGUGGACACACAGCCAUAUCAUCCUUCCUACAAUCAACACUCGAAACCCUUAAUGAGUUAGCUGACCUAUUUUCCCUUCUCCCCUCUCAUAAAGCCUUUUUUCUCCUGAAAAAUUUCUUCAAUAUCCCAAAAAUUCUUUACGCGCUCCGCUCUACCCCUAUUUUUAAAUUUCCCACUUCCUUAGGCAUUUAUGAAAAUGGGAUUAAAGUCUUAAUUGAAAGUAUCCUUAAUCUAAAAUUCCAUGAAUUCGCGUGGACACAAGCCACCCUUCCUACCAAGAUGGGAGGACUAGGCAUCAGAUCCCCUUCCGAUCUUGCCUUAACUGCCUUUAUAUCGAGCUGUCUUUUAACCAAAAAUUUAGUCAAUCCUAAUUCCUUAAAUUCUGACCCUUCCUUUGAUAGUGCCAUCAUUGAAUGUAAAUCUCGAUUCAUUGCCGACCACCCAAUUCCAGAAACAACAAGCAGAAGGACUGAGAUAAGCCCAUUAUUGCAAGCUGCGUCGAAUCUCUCCUUUCCAGUAUGCAAUCAUUGGACCGUCCCUUAUUCUCCUCUCUGCUUAAUGGUUCUGGACAUGAGUUUCUCGAAGCCAUUCCUGCCGCUAACUUACAAUUACAAUUGA